CAGAAGUCAGCAGUAAAGCACAGUGCAAGCCCCCUCCCAGAGCAAGGUCCCAGGAAGCGGACCCUCCGCGCUAGCUCGCCGCCACCCAUCUCAGCCACUUGCAGUGUAACCGGAGGCGGCCCCGGGGACUUAUUCUUUCCUGCUAACCCGGCUGUCAGGCAAGUGAGUGAGGAGUCCGGCCAGUGGGGAGCGGAUCCCAGCCUGCAGGAGCAGCGGUUUCAUAACCCCUCGGAGCAGUUCAGAUAAGUUUUGUGAUAGUUAAUAAAGCUUGUUGUGGGGAUUGUUCGCCUGUCAGGACCUUUUUUUACCGGUGAAGGUGAGAAGAGCCCGGCCCCAAAGUGCCUCCCCGGCCGUUGCUUUAGGAUAUCCGCGCUCCUUGAGGGAGCCCCGUGAAUCACAGGAUGCGGCCUCCAGCGUUGGUCGCCUUGCUGCUGUUGGCAGGGACUGUGCGGGCCGCUAUGGACGAGUGCAUAGAUGAAAGCACGGGCCGGCCGCAGCGUUGCAUGCCCGAGUUUGUCAACGCAGCUUUUAAUGUGACUGUAGUGGCCACUAACACCUGUGGCUCGCCGCCGGAGGAGUACUGCGUACAGACCGGGGUUACCGGAGUCACCAAGUCCUGCCACUUGUGCGACAACAGCCAGCCCCACCUGCAGCACGGCGCCGAGUACCUCACCGACUACAACAACCAGGCGGAAACCACCUGGUGGCAGAGCCAAACUAUGCUGGCGGGGAUCCAGUACCCGAACUCCAUCAAUCUGACACUGCAUCUGGGGAAGUCCUUUGACAUCACUUACGUCCGCUUGAAGUUCCACACAAGCCGACCGGAAAGCUUUGUUUUAUAUAAAAGAACUCGAGAGGAUGGUCCAUGGAUCCCGUACCAGUAUUACAGCGGUUCCUGUGAGAACACGUACCUGAAGUCCAGCCGGGCCUUCAUCCGCACUGGGGAGGACGAACAGCAGGCUCUUUGCACAGACGAAUUUAGCGACAUUUCUCCGCUGACGGGAGGGAAUGUGGCCUUCUCUACACUGGAGGGCAGACCCAGCGCUUACAACUUUGACAAUAGCCCCGUCUUACAGGAGUGGGUGACAGCCACAGAUAUCCGUGUGUCCCUGAACAGGCUGAAUACCUUUGGUGAUGAAGUGUUCAGUGACCCCAAGGUGCUCAAAUCUUACUAUUACGCCAUUUCUGACUUUGCAGUCGGGGGCAGGUGCAAGUGCAACGGCCACGCCAGCGAAUGCGUUCGCAACGAGUUCCAGAGGCUGGUUUGCAACUGCAAGCACAACACGUACGGUGCCGACUGUGAGAAGUGUCUGCCUUUCUACAAUGACCGACCCUGGAGAAGGGCGACUGCCAACAAUGCCAAUGAGUGUCUGCCUUGUAAUUGUAAUGGCCGCUCUCAGGAGUGUUACUUCGACCCGGAGCUGUACCGCUCUACUGGGCACGGCGGACAUUGUACGGGGUGUGCGGGCAACACGGACGGACCAAACUGUGAACGCUGCCGUGAAAACUAUUACAGACAGGGCAGCGAAGAACCCUGUCAGCCCUGCCACUGCAACUCCGUGGGCUCCCUCAGCACACAGUGUGAUAACUUUGGCCGCUGCAGCUGUAAGCCGGGUGUGAUGGGUGAGAAGUGUGACCGAUGCCAGCCCGGCUUCCACUCCCUCACUGAGGCCGGAUGCAGACCCUGCGCAUGUAAUCCAGCUGGCAGCACAGAUGAGUGCAAUGCUGAAACUGGCCGCUGCAGUUGUAAAGACAACGUGGAAGGGUUCAACUGUGAGAGAUGUAAACCUGGGUUCUUUCACCUGGAUGCUGCGAACCCACGAGGCUGCACCCCAUGCUUUUGCUACGGCCAUUCUUCCGUUUGCAGCGGCGUCGAGGGCUUUAGAGUCACCACUGUUGUGUCCACCUUCGAGAGCGGUGCGGAUGGCUGGCUGGCACAGCAGAGGGAUGGAUCUGACUACCCCCUGUCCUGGAUUUCUGAGAGUAGCUCAUUGUCUGUUAUUUCUGAGAGCUAUUUCCCUAUUUAUUUCAUGGCGCCAGAAAAAUUCCUUGGUAACCAAGUUCUAAGCUACGGUCAGAACCUAACAUUCAGCUUCCGUGUUGAACGCCGUGAUACACGCCUCUCUGCCGAGGACUUAGUCCUAGAAGGUGCUGGACUCAGGGUAUCUGUGCCUUUGAUUGCUCAAGGGAAUUCUUAUCCCAGUGAGAACUCUCUGAGUUAUGUCUUCAGAUUGCAUGAGGCCACUGAUUAUCCCUGGAGACCUUCUUUGUCAUCUUUUGAAUUCCAGAAGAUGUUGCAGAAUCUGACAGCUAUUAAGAUACGGGGAACCUACAGCGAACGGAGUGCUGGUUUUCUGGAGGAGGUUAGCCUUGUGACCGCAGAAGCUGGUGUUGGCGCAUCUGCCUCGUGGGUGGAAACGUGCAGCUGCCCUGUGGGUUAUGUUGGACAGUUUUGUGAACGAUGUGCCCCAGGUUACCGCAGAGAGAACCCCAGUUUGGGACCUUACAGCCCCUGCGUGCCUUGCACUUGCAAUGGUCACAGCGACUCCUGUGAUCCUGAAUCUGGUGUUUGCCAAUGUCAGCAUAAUACCGCUGGUCCUCACUGUGAGAGGUGCAGUGAAGGAUAUUAUGGCGACAGCACGGUUGGUACCGGUUCAGACUGCCAGCCUUGUCCCUGCCCCGGUGGAUCCAGCUGUGCCGUUGUUCCUAGAACCAAGGAGGUAGUUUGCACCAAUUGCCCUGUGGGAACUACAGGAAAGAGAUGUGAGCUGUGCGAUGAUGGAUAUUUUGGUGACCCACUGGGUGAGAAUGGAGCCCCGCGUCCAUGCCGAAUUUGCGAGUGCAACAGUAACAUAGAUCCAAAUGCUGUAGGGAACUGCGAUCGCCUAACAGGAGAAUGCCUGAAAUGUAUCUACAACACAGCCGGAUUUUACUGCGACCGUUGCAAGGAUGGUUUCUACGGAUCAGCAUUGGCCCCAAAUCCAGAACUGAAAUGCAGAGCCUGCAACUGUAAUCCAUACGGCUCGGUGAAGGGGCAAACCACCUGUAAUCAGGUAACCGGUCAGUGUGAGUGCCUGCCCAAUGUCACAGAGCGGGACUGCUCGGCCUGCGAACCUGGAUUUUACAACCUGCUCAGCGGCAAAGGCUGUGAUGCGUGUAACUGCAAUGCCUUGGGUUCCACAAAUGGCCAGUGUGAUAUUCGUAGCGGGCAGUGUGAGUGCCAGCCUGGCGUCAGUGGAAAGCGUUGUGAUCGAUGCGAACCCAAUCACUUCGGCUUUGGUCCAGAUGGCUGCAAGCCAUGUGAUUGCGAUCCUGAGGGCUCAGUGUCCCUGCAGUGCAAGGAGGAUGGACGUUGUGAGUGUAAAGAUGGGUUUGUUGGCAUCCGCUGUGACCAAUGCGAAGAGAAUUAUUUCUACAACCGCUCGGGGCCUGGCUGCCAGGAGUGCCCUGCCUGCUACCGCCUGGUUAAGGACAAGGUGAUUGAACAGCGUGAAAAACUGCAUGAACUAGAGGAACUCCUUAAGAACCUGGGAACAGGGGAUCACACCGAGACCGAUCAGGCCUUUGAGGAGAGGCUCAGAGAGGCUGAAAAGGCUGUGAGUGACUUACUCGUGGACGCCCAGAGCAGUAAAGAUGUGGAUCAGGGGAUGCUGGAUCGUCUAGCAGAGAUAAAUUCCACACUGAGUUCCCAGCUGGAGCGUCUUCAGAACAUAAGAGAUAUGAUACGGAACACUGAUAAGCAAGCACAAGAGGCCCGAGAGCGCGUGGAGAGCACCGAACUUCUUAUUGGAUCUGCAAGAGAGCAGCUUGAGAGAGCCAAGGUGGCCAUAGCUAAUGUGUCGAUUAGUCCACCGGAGACAACUGGAGAUCCCAAUAACAUGACAAUCCUAGCAGAGGAGGCAAGGAAGCUAGCUGAAAGACAUACUCAAGAAGCUCAGGAGAUUGAAAAAGCAGCCAAGGAAGCCAACAACACUGCAAAUGAAGCCUAUCGCUUACUACUGAAAACCCUUGCUGCAGAGAACCAGACCGCAACAGAGAUUGAAGAACUUAACCGCAAAUAUACACAGGCUAAAGAACUAUCCCGGGAACUGGAGAAACAGGCCACCAAAGUGCAUGCCGAGGCUGAGGAGGCAGGGAAUCGGGCUUUGCAGAUCUAUGCCAAUCUGACUAGCAUCCCUCCCAUCGAUACAACAGCUUUACAAAAUGAAGCUGGGAAGAUCCAGAAAGAGGCAGAGGAGCUGGAUUUGUUGAUAGACCGGAAACUGCGAGAUUAUGACGAUCUACGUGAGGACAUGAGGAGCCGGGAGAUGGAGGUCAAAAACCUCCUCGACAAAGGGAAGACCGAGCAACAGACUGCAGACCAACUUCUGGCCCGAGCCGAUGCUGCAAAAGCACAAGCAGAAGAGGCUGCAAAGAAAGGACGGACGACUCUUCAGGAAGCUAACGAAAUACUCAACAACCUGCGAGAUUUUGACAAGAGGGUGAAUGACAAUAAAACCGCGGCAGAAGCGGCGCUGCGUAAGGUCCCACUGAUUAACCAAACCAUCGCAGAAGCAAACAACAAGACUCGUCAAGCCGAAAAUGCACUAGGCAACGCCAACGCUGAUGCUCGAGGAGCCAAGUCUAAGGCAGAGGAAGCUGAGAAGAUUGCCAAAGAUGUCCAAAAUAAUGCUUCCAUCGCCCGAACGCAGGCUGACAACACCUUCAAGGACGUCACAGCUUUAGAUGGAGAGUUGCAGGAUAUGUUGAAACAGCUGCAAGAUGCGGAGGACCAACUGAAGCAGAAGCAGUCAGAAGCUGAUCAAGACAUGAUGAUGGCUAAAAUGGCAUCUGAUGCAGCGCAAGAAGCCGAGAGCAAUGCCAAGAAAGCAAAGAAUUCUGUGAAUGAUGUCCUUGAAGUGAUAAACAAACUGCUCCAGAACCUAGGUCAGCUGGACCCAGUUGAUGUUGGAAAGCUCAAUGAUCUGGAGAGGACACUGAACGAUGCAAAAACCCAGCUCCGUGAUAGCGAUCUAGACCGCAAGGUGGCUGAGCUGGAGGAAUCGGCGCGGCUGCAGGAUGUAGCUCUGCUCUCUUACAAACGAGACAUUGACCAGAUCCUCAAAGACAUCAGCAACCUUGAGGACAUUAAGAACACCUUGCCUCCUGGAUGCUAUAACACCCCUAUCAUUGAGAAACCCUAAAGCCAAGCCCCCUUGGGAAGAAAGGCAGGAGGUUACACGAUACCUCCUCCCUCAUCAACCCCCACGUUUGGCUGUGAAGUGCCUUAUUACUCACCUACCCCAGACUAUUUGCCCUACACACUGUACACUCUAUGCCCAAUGAAUAUUGACGUGAAUGGGAAGUUACAACCUUUGGAAAUGUAUUCCCUUUCAAUUAAAUGGCCCCACUCCAUGUCGCGUAUACCAGAGGCCUCAAAG